AUGCCCGAAGACAUUGCGUGCAAACACUGGAUGCAAAGCGUGUUGCUUGGCUCAGACGACGCCAAUUCACGGCACGGGAACGCUCUGCUGCUGGGGGAGCCCUGGCAGUCAAGUACGAUGAUACCGGAGCAACUACAGAGUGAUGACAAGACCAACCAGACAAGUGCUUCAGACCCUCUCUCCAGCGUUGCAAAGGAGAUAGUGGCAAGACUAAAUUCGACUAUCAUCCACAGGGCUCCAAAAAGCCCCAUUCGCUUGAAGCCAAGUGUGACACUGGACACGUGCCUGAGCAGCUUCUUCAGCUCUCGCAACAUCCGGCGCUUCAUAGAUCUUUACUGGCUGACGUGGUACACGCACUGGCCGGUGGUCCACAGAGCGACAUUCGUCUACCACGACGCACCAUACACUCUGGUUGCGGCAAUGGUUCUGAUCGGGGCGACUUAUUCCGUCGACGCCGAAGACCGUCACUGGGCCAAGGUCUUUUGUGACGCGACAGAAGAGAUGAUUUUUGGUGACGAGUAUUUCGGUGACAGCUCACCUUAUUCGGCGUUGAACGCGGCAUGUCUCAACAGGCGACUCAGGGCACUCCAAGCGGCUCAUGCCAUCUGUCUUUACCAAUAUUGGGAAGGAGACGAGCGAGCAAGACGGCGUGUGAGAAAGCACCGCUAUGGAGAGGUGGUCGCGAUGGCUCGAGAAUUUGGCUUCGGCAACGCGAUGCAUGGCGAUUUGGCGUCUCUCACCCUGGCUGAUUUCGAUUGGCACGAGUUUGCAUUGAAAGAAGAACUCAUAAGGACUUUAAACUACAUCAUUGUCCUGGACAGUGGCUUUGUCAUGAUGAACAACAUGCCUCCCAGGAUCCUCCCUUCCGAGUUGCGCGUUGGCCUAGUCUGCCCCGAAGCCUGCUUUCAGGCGAGUUCGAAAUCCGACUGCUUCCAUCAUUUGAGAACAUGGAUGUCGCACCCUCUCUGGAGAGAUCGUCGCCUCGCAACCGCAGAGGCCCUCAACAUCCUGACUAGCGGCGAAAUGGACUCUGAGACUGUCCAAUUCUUCACUCACCUCGGUUAUGUGAACCUGGGUAUUCUGAUCAUCGCGAUUCAUUCUGUGAUUUUCUGUAUCCGAACAACAGUCGGACUCCAGCACAGCGGCACAUCGAUUCAGAAUUGGCUCCGGAAUUGGAACUGCAUAUGGAUGCUCGGCUCGCAGGGGAGUACUCGACAAGCUUUCGGAACACCAUCACCGUCCGAACAGACAGGAGAGCUCUCAGAGGGACGAUGGCGAGGUGCCGGCUUCAUGAAGGACGCCUUGCAGUUCUGGUUCUUGGCCCAGAUCAUGCUUCGCAGCGCGCAAGAUGAAAAGACCGAUCCACAAUAUACAGCGUUGAGCACCUUGAGCAAUUCUCAGACCGAAUACGACCAAGCAAGUAUGGCAGGUCUGAAAGCUCUUCUCAAAACACAGCAUGUCAACCGUAGAAAGGUGACAGAAUAG